AUGAGUGACUUUGAUUGUUCAGUCAUUCUUACAAUUCUGAGCCUAAUCCUUAUUUUAAUUUUAAAGAUUAAAAUUUUCAUGACUAACAUUUCCAAAGGACAUUUUCCUCCAGGACCCAGACCUUUGCCUAUCAUUGGAAACCUGCACAUCCUCAAUCUGAAGAGGCCACAUCAAACCAUGCUGGAGCUUUCACAGAAAUAUGGCUCCAUUUAUAGUAUCCAAAUGGGGCCAAAGAAGGUGGUGGUGCUUUCUGGAUAUGAAACAAUUAAAGAUGCUCUGGUCAACUUUGGUGAUCAAUUUUCGGAACGACCUGAAGUGCCUAUGUUUGAAAGACUUUUUGAAGGAAAAGGAAUUGUCUUCUCUCAUGGGGAAACAUGGAAAACCAUGAGAAGAUUCAGCCUGACUACUUUACGAAACUUUGGCAUGGGCAAAAGGAUCAUUGAAGACAGAAUUAUUGAGGAAUGCAAACAUCUCAUACAGAAUUUUGAGCUUCACAGAGGAAAGCCCUUUGAGGUCACGACAGUAAUGAAUGCUUCUGUUGCUAAUGUCAUCGUGUCGGUGUUAUUUGGAAAACGAUUUGACUACCAAGACCCUCAAUUCCUGAGGCUUUUACACUUGAUAAGUGAAAAUGUGAAACUCAUCGGAUGUCCUAAAGUUGUGCUUUUUAAUAUGUUUCCUGCUUUAGGGUUUCUUCUAAAAAGUCAUAAAAAAGUACUCAAGAAUAGAGAUGAAUUAUUUUCUUUUAUAAGAAAAACUUUUCUAGAAUACCGACAGAAAUUGGACACAAAUGAUCCACGAAGUUUUAUUGAUGCAUUUCUCAUCAAACAGCAGGAGGAGAAAAAAAUGUCAACAAACUUUUUCAGUGAUGAAAACCUAGUGGCCGUUAUUAGUAACCUGUUUGCGGCAGGUACCGAGACCACAUCUUCCACACUGCGCUGGGGGAUUCUACUCAUGAUGCGCUAUCCUGAAAUCCAGAAAAAGGUUCGUGAUGAGAUUAUCAAAGUUGUGGGUUUAGGCCAGCCUCGGAUCACACACCGAACUCAAAUGCCAUAUACAGAUGCUGUCAUUCAUGAAGUGCAGAGAUUUGCUAACAUCCUGCCCACAAGUAUACCUCAUGCAACCACCACAAAUGUGACAUUUAAAAAUUACUAUCUUCCAAAGGGCACUGAGGUAAUCACAUUGCUGGCCUCUGUCCUUCACGAUCAGACACAGUGGGAAAAACCAGAUACAUUUAAUCCUCAGCAUUUCCUCAGUCCUACUGGAAAGUUUAUCAAGAAAGAAGCUUUCAUGCCCUUUUCAGCAGGUCGCCGGAUGUGUGCUGGCGAGUCAUUGGCCAAGAUGGAACUUUUCCUUUUCUUCACCAGCCUUAUGCAGAAGUUCACCUUCCAACCACCUCAGGGGGUCUCCCACCUGGACCUGGACUUAACCUCAGACACUGGCUUCACUAGUCGUCCAAGGCCUUACAAGAUAUGUGCUGUAGCCCAGGCCUAG